AUGAAACAAUCACUCGAAGAUCCAGUGAUUGUCCAACAGAUCCGUGAAUAUAAUUUGAGGACAUUUUUUGAAGUGGAUUUAAUCAAUGAAAAUGAAUGGCUCGAGAGGACUAUCCAUGAGCUCAUGAGUCCUGUUGUUUUCUCUCAUAAUGACUUUAACCGUCGGAAUAUUCUGAUACAUGAAUCGCCUAAUGACCAGAAUAUGGAUAUAUACCUCAUAGACUUUGAUUGGACUAACUAUAGCUACAGGGGCGCAGAUUUUGGCACUUAUUUCUGUAGUUGGGGUCAAAGGGAACUGGACUUUGGUUCGGGUGACUUCCCCACUGACACACAAAUAGUAUCUGCCGAUUGCAAGGAUGCUACUGGUGCUAAAGCGGUGGCAAACUUCAAACCUUGUUUUAGCCAAACAGCUAAUGGGAAGGGCAUGUAUGAGGUUGCUGAUAAAAACAAGUCUAAAGGGUUUGACAAUUGUGCGGUUGAGCUUGCUCCAGUCAUCAAAGGUAUGAAAGAUCCUGAUGAGAAAGAUAGCAAGAAAAUGCAGGAAUGUUUUAAUGAACUCUUGAAAUCAAAGGAUGCUGUUUUGAAAUGCUAAUUAAACCUUGCUAAUUAAAUGCUAAUGCUAAUUAAUGCUGUUGAGAUACAGCUUAAUAGACUGU